AUGGAUGGGCCUCCACCCCAAGAGGAAGACUUCACUUCUCUACCCAUUUCCGAGAGACUUGCGCAUAAAAACUGGAAAGCUCGUGUCAGUGCAUAUGAAUCUCUCAUCAAAACGUUCCAGACAACCGCUUCUGAUACCGAUCCCGCUUUCAAACCUUACAUCAACAAUAUCGAGCUGAUCAAGAAAUUCGCCACUGAUUCAAAUGCGGUAGCACAGGAAAAGGGUGUGGAGUGUCUUGUGGCACUGAUCAAGAACGCCGGAGAGACUGCAGCCAAAACUCGGGAUGGUGUGAUGCCCGCCUUGGUGGAGAAAUGCCUGGGUUCUACUCGAGGAGGAACAAGAAGCCAGGCUAUUGAGUUGGCGUUGCAGUAUGUGGAAGUCGAAAACGGAGGGUCGGGAGUCGUGGGAGAUCUUCUUCCUGGCUUGAAUGCAAAACAACCUAAAGCUGUGGCAGGAUGUAUCACAGCUUUAAAGGAGAUUGUCCGAAAUUUUGGAACACAAGCAGUCCCCCCGCCACCAAUCCUCAAAGCUCUACCCAAGAUAUUUUCUCACAGCGACAAAACUGUCCGUGCUGAAGGGACUGCUCUGGCUCAUACGAUGUAUCAAUACAUUGGUCCCGGAAUUGAACCCUGGCUGGCGGACCUCAAGCCUGUUCAAGUCAAGGAGUUGAAAGAGGCUUUUGAAGCACUAGAGAAAGAUGGGAAGGGGAAGGGAACCUUGAAAGCCGAGCGUUAUACGCGAGCACAGGCGAGGGAACUGGAAUCGGCGGUGGAAGCAGGUGGUGAUGUUGAUGAAAUGUCGGCGGCAGCAGCGGAACCUGAAGAACUUGAUCCUCGUGCGUUCGCGGAACCCGUGGAUAUUGUUCCAAAACUUUCCUCGUCUCUUCAGGGUGCCCUUAAAUCAUCGAAGUGGAAGGAACGGAAGGAAGCGUUGGAUGAUUUAGCCACGCUUUUGACGUCAACGCCUCGGAUCAAGGAUGCGAGCGAGCUCGGGGAGCUCAUCAAAUCCCUGGCUUCGUGUGUCGCGAAAGACGCGAACAUUAAUUGUGUAAUUGUGGCGGCCACUUGUCUGGAGGAGUUGGCAAAGGGUCUGAGGUCGGCGUUCGCCAAACACCACGAAGCAGUCAUACCUCUCAUGAUAGAACGACUGAAAGAAAGAAAGGCCAACGUGACAGACGCAAUUGGCGCAGCUUUAGAUGCUGUAUUUUCCACUAUCACCCUCCAAGAGCUGAUUCCAGAUAUUGAUAAUGGACUUAAGAACAAAAAUCCUCAAGUCAAGGAAGGGACAUUAAAAUUGUUGGGGCGAUGCCUCGCCUCUGCUACAUCAGCAAUUCAACCCGCUCAGGUUAAACCUCUUUCCGAAACUUUGGCGGUACUGCUUGAAGACGGAUACGAGGGAGCUCGCACUGAAUCAGCGACAUGUUUUGGUUAUCUUAUGAAGAUGGUUGGGGAGCGUCCGCUCAACGCUAUAAUGGAAAAUCUUGCGGAUAUGAGGAAGGCCAAAGUAAAAGAAGCUUUUGAUAAGGCUGUCGUGAAAUGUAAAGUCGGGGGUGCUCCUCCGCCGCGGACAAAUGCUCCCAGCGGGUCGUCGACAGCGGUCAAAAAAGGUCCUCCUGCUGCCACCUCUUCAACGCCUGGAGAAGAUGUUCCACUACCUGCGAAGAAAGCUGCAAAACCUGCCGCGAAACCCUCGGCACCCAAGAAGCCCACUGCGCCAUCUAAUACACCUGCGGCAGCUGCAAAGAAACCUCCGCCGGCUGCCGCCCCUUCUUCGACAAAAGCAGGAAAAUCGGCUCCUUCUGUGGCCGGUUCGUUGGACACUUUUAAAUACAAACACACGCCGGAAGAUGCAGAGAACAUUGCGACUGAACUUAUUCCGGCUUCUAUCCUCGCUGAUUUUGGUGAUGCAAACUGGAAAACGAGAUUAGCUGCAUUAGAGGAGAUGGCAAAUUGGAUACAGACAGAAAUCGAAACGUUGGAUGCAGAAGUGGUAGUGCGCGCUCUGGCGAAGAAGGGUUGGUCUGAGAAGAAUUUUCAAGUAUCCGCAAAGCUCUACGGUAUCUUCGUCCUUCUAUCCGAAAGAUGUCCAUCUUUUGGACGAUCUAGUGCGGCACUUUGUAUUGCACAUCUCACCGAAAAGCUUGGAGAUAUGAAAUUGAAAAAACCUUCUGGUGAUGCUCUUAUUGCUUUUGCUGAAAAAACUUCCCUUCAAUUUGUACUUUCCCAAGCCUAUGAUCCAUUGACGAAGCAGAAAGCACCGAAGGUCCUCGCCGACGCUGUCACCUGGAUCAGUACAGCGCUGACUGAAUUUGGCAUCGCCGGGUUGUCCCUUCGUAGCCUGAUCGAAUUUCUCAAAGGCGCAUUGCAGAAUUCUAAUGCCGCUGUUCGAAGCAGUGCAACGAAGACUUUGGUUACGGUUAAACUGUUCGCUGGCUCAAGUAUCAAGGAUUUUUUAGAGGACUUGAAUCCCCAGCUUCUCAACACAAUUACAACUGAAUGUGACAAAGUGGAUGGCGUUCCUGCUCCAGAACCGUCUCGAACAUCCGCUGAUUUAGCGAACAUGGCUACCACUUCAUCCGCAUCGGCAAAGACAAACGACAUUGACCCCUUGGAUGAGCUCUUUCCCCGCGUUGAGAUUGAUGCUUUGCUCAAGGGGACCACCAUUUUGGUUGAUGCGAAGAGCGACGCCUGGAAGACCAAAAAGGAGGGACUAGAGGCCUUGCAAUCAAUCCUCGAUCAAGGCAGCAAUAAACGGUUGAAAUCUGGGAUGGGCGAUAUCGGACAAGUCUUGAAAGCCCGAGUCACGGAUACAAAUAAGGCCGUACAGACGUUAGCACUCGACAUCGUCUCCCGUAUAGCCACUGGGAUGGGGAAACCCUUUGAAAAACAUUCUCGUCUUUUUGCUCUUCCAGUAUCUACCGUCCUUGCGGAUCAGAAGGCGCCGAUACGAAACGCAGCAUUGCAGACUUUGACAAGCAUGGCGACAGCUUGUGACGGUCUGGAAUCCAUGGUAACAGGGUUCACAACCGCUAUGGAAACUUCAAACCCGUUACAAAAGGGAACUUUGUUUCAUUGGAUAGCUGAUUGGUAUGGGAAUCACGAACCGUCUUCAAGUCUUGACAUUCGCUCUUGGGCUCCCCUCGCCGUCGCUUGCCUGGAUGAUCGUAGCAGUGAUAUUCGCAAGGGCGCUCAGGCACUCUUACCAAUCCUCAUCCGGUGUGCUGGUUAUGAUUUUGUCAUGCAGCAAACGAACUCAAUGAAACCAGCAUCCCGUGCAAGCGCGAUACCUUUGAUUCAAGCAAUGAGACCUGCUGCAUCCAUAGAUACCCCUGCGCCAUCAAUUGUCAAAGCCCCCGCCACUUCGACUGCAACUACACUGCCUACAUCGGAUAGCUCACCGCCCCAAUCUCCCAUUGAUGUAGCAGGGGCAAAACCAACGACGAAAGCUGUCGGUGUUCGCAGAAAACUUCCGCAAGGUAGUAGUCGACCGGAUUCUCGAGCAGAGAACCCUGACGCUGCCUCGAAAGUCAUUCCUGGGGGUAUCAAACGUCAGGGCGUACCCACAACCUCUCGGACUCAAGGCACUCAAUUGGCGCCUCCGAGCCUUUCGCUUCCUUUUUCUGGUGCUAAUUUGGAUGCGAAAAAGGCCAGGCUAUCGAAAGACGCGAAUAAAUGGGUGAACGAAGGUGGCCCCACUAGGAAAGAUCUCGCAGAGCUUCUUCAAACUCAAAUGGAAUCUCACACCUCGAAAGACUUACUUGCAAGGCUGUUCAGCCAUGAUCAUAAUGCCGUCAACGAUCAUAUUGCUGGGUUGACAACCAUUGCAGAAUUCUUCUCCGGAGUCUCUCCCGGUGACGAAAUUACCGAACAAGUAUGCCUUGCUAACAUUGAUCUCCCUUUAAAAUACGUUUCCAUCAAGGCACAUGAGCCACAGCCCAAUCUCAUCUCUAAGUGCUUGGACGUUGUGGAAGUUAUCUUAGAUUUCCUUCGCAGCAUAGGUUAUCAAUUGGUGGACCAAGAAGCCUUGUGUUUCGUGCCAACAAUGGUGUUCAAGCUUGGCGACGCACGUGAACAAGUGCGGUCCCGUGUGCAGCAGAUAAUGCGCUCCCUUCCCAAGGUGUAUGCAUAUAGCCGGGUUUUCGCUUUGUUGCUGGAACAUGGGCUGAAGGCGAAAGUGGCCAAAACCCGUCAGGGCAGUCUUGAUGAAAUAGCAGGCAUUCUGAAAAAGUCUGGAAUGGCUGCAUGCGAGCCUACGAAAGCUUUUCCCCUCAUCGCCUCGCUGCUUUCCGAUAAAGACCCUCAGGUUCGCAAAUCAGCUUUGAAUGCUCUCAGUGAAGCUUUUUCCCUCGUUGGGGAAAAGGUGUGGGCUUUGGUUGGUCCACUGUCUCCCAAAGAUAAGACACAGCUCGAAGAAAGAUUGCGUCGUGUACCUGGACCUAGCUCUCAUGAACGUCAAGAAGCUCCUGCUCCUGCUCCAGGAGUUGCUCGUCUGACAGCCGGUGUUCCUCGUCCAAACAGCCCAUCCCUUGCAGCUAUCUCACGGGUAGCACGCCCCGCAUCUCCUGCUCUAUCAACACGUCCAGCCUCUCCUGCCCUGUCAGCCAUUCCCCGCGCAGAGUCGCCCGCCCGCCCUACUCGCCUGCCAGCUAAUACGCCCACUGCUGUGCCACCGUCACCCACAAGUAAAAAUCGGCCAAAAAGUAUGUUGCCUUCAAGGCUGGGCAAGCCUCGCCCAAAUUUCUCACAAGUCCAAGCGGCUCGGUUGCCUGAAGACAAUUUCACUCCGGAGUCUCAGCCGAGUCCCGAAACAGCUUCAUCUCAACCUUCUGGCUCUAAUGACGUUGAUAUUCUUCAAGGGGAGUUUACAUCGCGCCCUGAGGCAGCAGAUAAUAUCACAAUCACAAUAUCCAGCAUCCUGAGUAGUGAUCCCACUCGCAGCGUGGAUGCUCUCAAAAAAGUCCAAAAAAUUCUCGCCAUCGGACCAGAAGCUGGCCCCUCGUCGCCCACAUAUCGUGAACUCGCCGAACACACGGAGGGGUUGAUCGAGACAAUAACCCUACAAAUGGCACAUGUAUUCGAUCGUCCAGAUGAUCUCAUACCAGACGAAAACUUCCGAUUAGCAAAGCACUUAAUCCAGACUCUUAACAACUUUUGUGACCAUGCCUUUUUGGCAGAGUCCUUAACAGUUGAAAUUCUCACUUCACUACUGGAAGAGUUAACCCUGCGUCUCCUUGAAACCGACGAUAGCCACGUAAAGAAGAUCAAGGAUCUAUCUCGAUUUAUCAACAUGAUAAUCUUGCGGUUAUUUGCCACUGGCCGCAGAAUGUCCAUAUUUCGGGCACUCUUUGCCCUUCUUUUGCAAAUCGUGAAGCCGUUUCCAAGCAAUGGCACCUCUCCGGAUUCAAAGGAAUCGAAAGUCGCCGAACUUGUUUUGAAAUGUGUUUGGAAGCUAGCUCGAAACAUCCCACAAGACCUCGGCGAAGCCCUUUUAGAUCCGGUUGAAUUGUUUCCCGCCAUCGAACACUUCUUACAGUCGGUUCCUCCUAAUGAGUGGCGCGCUAGGGCUACGAACAAAGUUCCUUGUGGCGACAUGCCACUCAGAACAAUUAAGGUUAUCAUCCAGCACGUUGUUGCUCACUACGGAGAUGAUGUCUAUGAACUACUCUCUGCUGCAUUUGAGGAUCCAUCCGCCACCAUUGUAUACCCUUACGUUUAUCGUAUUCUAAAUUCAAGUCCGAAGAAUAAUACCGAGGUCCCCAGCCACCAAGAAGCGGAACAUAGUACAAGACCUCCGUCCCCCGAGUCGAACAGACCAAUAUCGCCUCAAGGGACAGCAUCUUCAGUACGCUCGGGCCGUCAUCCACAAAGCCAUGGAACCAGUCCCAGCUCAUCAUCUCUCAAUGGCAACGGAAAUUGUUCCCCUAACGCCGAAGAGCCGGACCCUGAUGCGCAACUGCUUGUAAUCAUUGGGCAUAUAUCCAGCGAGACGACUGGGGCCUUGCACAAAGAGGGGAUUACAGAACUUCAUCAUUUCCUCAAAGCAUUCCCUCACAAGAGACCUCGGGUCGAAAAAAUGCUUGAGUCAACCGGCGCUGCUUUCAGGAAAUAUAUCAACAGAGCAUUGGCUAGCAGAGCUGCAGAAGAUCAAGAGCGAAACGUUGCUGUCGCGGAUACCCUCUCUAAGCUUGAAUUCAACCAUCCGGAACCAACCAACACAACAGCCUUGAACCCUGAAACGACGAGCCCACGAUCCCCUCCACGAAUCUCAUCAGAAUCUGCUGACCACCAAGAGAAGCUCUCAAGACUACAUGACAUUUUCCGAUAUCGAUCCAGUACGACAAGCACAGGAUCGUCAUAUGGUCAGUCGAUACCCUCCGUGCCUCCCACGGGAACCUCCAUCGGUUGAGGUUGGUAUCACCCUCCUACCUUUUGCAAUGAUAUUUCCAUUCAAAAUAUAUUCAUCGUCUGUAUACUUACUUUACAUAAAAAGGCACCGAAUUAAAUUUGUUUGCAUUCA